AUGGGAUCGCAGGAGAGAUCGAAGAAGAAGGUACACUUGUGGAAGAAAGCCAUAGUUCAUUUUUUGUUGUGCUUUGUUAUGGGUUUCUUCACAGGUUUUGCGCCGACGGGCAAGUCGUCGAUAUUCUCGAGCCAUGUGACAAUGUCCCUCUCGGCCAGCCAGCCGGUGGAAGUCUUUCAUCAGCCAAGGACUGAAAACUUCAACCGAAGUUUGUUGGAUGAUUCGGAGCCUGUUUCCGGGAAAAGCCAUGGUGUAAAAGGAGCAGUGAUUCGGAAAGACGACGACCACGACGAAGAAGACGAGGAUAAACAACAGCAAAAAGGGAGUGAGGAUUUGUCUGCGAGACGACUAGUGAUCGUUGUUACGCCGACAAGUACCAAGGACAAGCUUCGAACAGUGCUGUUGAGGAGGCUGGCGAACACGUUGAAGUUAGUGGCUCCGCCGCUGCUGUGGAUCGUGAUCGAGCAGAAAUCCGAUGGCUCCCGAGUCUCGGAGAUCCUGCGGAGAACCGGGAUCAUGUACAGACACGUCGUAUUCGGCGAGAAUUUCACCGACGCGAGUUCGGAAAUGGAUCAUCAGAGGAACAUUGCGCUGAAUCACAUCGAGCACCACCGCCUCAGCGGGAUAGUUCACUUUGCAGGGCUAUCCAAUGUUUACGAUCUCAGUUUCUUCGACGAGAUCAGAGCCGUCGAGGCGUUUGGGACAUGGCCAAUGGCGAGAUUAUCGGCAAACAGGAAGAGGGUUGUAAUAGAAGGACCGGUGUGCGAUUCUUCCGAAGUAUUGGGAUGGCAUUUGAAGAGAAGGAAAAAUUCGACAGGCGCGGAUGCCACAACGCCUCGUCGCAUCCAUAUAUCGAGCUUUGCGUUCAAUAGCUCCAUUCUUUGGGAUCCCGAGAGAUGGGGCCGGACAUCGUCUGCUCAAGACACUUCCCAGAGUUCGCUGAAGUUUUUAAGAGAAGGAGUUCUUGAAGAAGAAUCGAAGCUGAAGGGAAUUCCUGCAGAGGGUUGCUCUAAAGUUCUGCUAUGGGAUCUCAAUAUUUCUUAGAUUUUACAAAAAUAUUAUAUAUAGAAAGAAGAGAAUUGAUUCAUUACAUUAAAUUUUAGGAUAUUUUAGCAAAAAUUAAUAAUAUGGUAACAAAAUUUGUAUAAUUUUCAAUGUUGUAAACUUAUAAUUUUGUAAUGUGGAUUGUAAAUGAUCAUAUUGUUUGCAAUAUUCGAAAUUCAAUUUUAUA